AUGCAUAAGAUGGAAAGUAGAAUAGUUGUAUCUUCAGUUAACAUUAAAAAUGAAGGUACAAUUUCUUCAACCUUCCAUAAUACAGAAAAGAAAGUAACCACUAAGAAAGAUGUUAUGAAUAGAAAUGUUAAGGUAUCGAAAAAUGAUGAUGAAGUUUUAGAUAGAGACACGCCUUCUAUAAAUAGAGAAUUACUAAUUAAGGAAAGAAGGAAAAGGGGGGUGUUAAGAAAAUUGUUAGAUGCUGAUGAUGCUAGAAAAGCAGACCGACAACAAUAUCAACAAGUAAAAAACAUUACCGAAGAUAGUCCUUCUUUUAUUAAUAAAGAAAAAGUAUCUAUAAAUAAUUUAAUUAAUAAAGAAUCAAAAAGACAUAAUAUUUCUAAUAAUACUAAUGAUACACUGAAUUCUUCCAUAAAUGUUUCUACAAAUAACAUAGAGAAAAUAAUGAAAGAGACAAAUUUUGAUGAAGUUACUAAUAAUAAUAUUAAUAAACCUAAACUGGUUAACAUUUUUGAAGAUGAAAAAGUAAAAGAAGAAGAGAGAAUUGAAAAAGAAAUAGCUAGGAAACACCUUAAUAUAAUUAAUAGUAAUAUAAAUAUAUCAGAAUUGUCAAAACAAACUGAUAGUUUACAAAUCAUUAAAAAUAAUUUUACAAUAUCAACAACACCACGAGUUAAUAUAACUAAAAUUUCUACAACAUCCAAAUCAUCUACAGAUUUUAUAAGUGGAAUAGGAAAUUUAUUUUCUGCUUUUGGUAAAGGAAUAGGAAAAUUUAUAGGUUUUGAGAAAGAUUGUAAAAACAAAGGAUAUAAAGAUGGAACCGGUAAAUGUGUCUGUCCACCAUAUCAUUUUGGUAGUUACUGUGAACAAGUAAAUUGUGCUAAUGGUGGUAGGCUCAUUCAAACAUCUAGAAGUAGUUCUAGAAAAUUUCAAUGCCAAUGUCCAAAUUCUGAAUUUAUUACUGGAGAAUUUUGUCAAUAUAUAAAAUGUCUUAAUGGUGGAACUCCAAUUGAUGGAGAGGGACGUUGUUCAUGCAAUAAUAAUUGGUAUUCUGGAAAUUUUUGUGAAAAUUACUCUACUUCUUGGACAAUUGUUUUUGUAAUACCAAUUGUAAUACUUAUACUAGUUACUUUUUUAUGUGCAAUAUGUCGUCUUGAUUUAUGUCCAAAAAGGAAUGCAUAUGUACAAGAAAAUACUACUAUUAAUUCAGGUAGAAGAAGGCGAAGAAGAGGAAAUUUAAAUGAAAAUUAUUCUAAUAAUAUUGUUAAUAGACUUCCACCACUUGAUGAAGAGGAACGGGAAAGAAUGGUUACUGAACAUUUUUUAAAUCAAUGUCGUAUGCAAGGAUAUGUCUCAACAUCAACUAGUAAUGUUGGGCAUAAUUUAUCAAAUCAAAAUAGUUUAUCAAAUUUCUUAUCACUCGAUGACUCAGUUAAAAUAUUAGAACCACCCCCUUCGUAUCAAGAAGCUUUAUCAGCUAUAUCAGCACCAGCAAUACCUCCUAUUGAUAUAACAACAGCCCCACGGCCACCAGCAUAUCAAACAAUAGAUCCAAAUCGUCGUCGUCCUUCUAAUACCUGA